AUGGAACCAAAUGGAGAGGCAUACCUUGCAAGGCCGGACGAGCCAGAGGGCAUGACGCGCUUCCCUCAAGCUCGCCUUGCUCCAACCAACAGCCAUCACACCAUAUAUAUUUCUGGCACGGCCUGCGUUCAACCUGAUGGAACUUGGCCAGGAGUAACGGACAAUGAAGACGGAACACAAACCUUGGACAUUCGCACACAGACAGCAGCAGUGCUCAACAACAUUGAUAGGGUCAUCAAAGGAGCUACAGGUAACAAAGGCGGUGUUCAAAAUCUCAUUGAUGCCGUCGUCUACGUCGUGGACAUGAAGAGAGAUUACGCCGGCAUGAAUGAAGAGUGGAACAAGGUCUUUACCACCCGGACCAAUGCUCCAGCUAGGGCUACUAUUGGCGUCAAGGAAUUGCCUGACCCGCGCAUGAUUGUUGAAGUCAAGGCAGUGGCAGUGGUGGAAAUGUAG